GCUAAGACCAAGAUCUCAUAACAAAAAUUAAGUCAGAACAUAUGUAUAUACUGUAUAAUAUACAUGGAGAAUUGGAGAUCAGAGAGUGUGACAAAGAUGUCUUCUUGGCAUUUUACUCUAGCGUUCAUCCUGGCCUUGCUUUCCGCCAUCUCCACAACUGCCCAUAUUUCCCCCUGCAGUCAGGAAUUCUCUAACCUUACCAGAAAAAAAAACAACAUUACGAAUUGCAAGAAAUUGAAUAGUUUGGGAGCUGAAUUUGGGUGGGAGUACAACCAUGAAUCGAGGACUAUUGACAUUUGGUUUGGUGCCAAGCUAGAGUCUGAGAUGGGAUGGUUAGCCUGGGGGGUGAACCCUCAGGACAGACCACAGAUGGUUGGGACUAGAGCCCUCAUAGGCAUCAAACAAUCAAAUGCUUCACUCAUAAUCAACACCUAUAACAUCACCAGUGACACCAAGCUAGGUUGCCGCCUCCUACCUACCGACAUUGAUGUGGAAGUUCGGGACAAGAAUUUUUUUUACUUAGGUAAAAUUCAAUACUAUGUAAUAGAUGCCACACUUGUUCUUCCUUCAGCAUACAACAUUUCAAGGCUGAACAUUGUGUGGCAAGUUGGGCACGCCGCCUCUGGCGACCAACCCAUGAUGCAUCCCACCACUCUCCGAAAUGUUGAUAGCGUGGAGACUCUAAACCUCGUUUCUGGUACUAGUAUUGGAAGUGUUGGAGAGCACCGUCGUCACCUUAGAAUGGUCCAUGGGAUUUUGAACAUUAUUGGGUGGGGUACAUUCAUGCCAAUGGGUGUGAUUGUGGCGAGGUACUUCAGGAAAUUUCCAGUAGAAACCAAAUGGUGGUUUAGAAUUCAUCUAUUUUUCCAGAUUGGGGGAUAUAUUUUGGGAACAAGCGGCUGGGCCAUUGGAUUAUGGCUUGGAAAUGCUUCUAAGUACUACAGAUUUCGCAUUCACCGGAUUCUAGCAAUAUUGAUUUUUACCUUUACAACAUUGCAGAUGUUGGCAUUGCGACUGAGGCCAAGGCCAACGGAUGAUUACCGCAAGUACUGGAACAUGUACCAUCAUUUUCUAGGGUAUGCUCUGCUUGCUCUCAUAUCAGUGAACAUAUUUCAAGGGAUUGCCAUCUUAAAACCAGAGCAUACCUGGAAAUGGAUAUACAUUGGACUGCUUGGUGUUUUGGGCUUCAUCACUCUAGCAAUGGAGAUUCUCACUUGGUAUGUAUUCAUGACUAAGGAAAAGAAAAACGCACCAACCAACACAAUUCAAGUACAGACAGCACCGAAGACAACAAGUGGGCUCUAACCCACCAACUUAAAGAACACACCUCUCAUCUCUUACCUCAUCUGAUGGAUAUGAGGAGCAUCUCAUUACUUUUGUUUCUUGAUUUCAGUUGUCCCUUGUGUUUUUAUAUAUUACAUUUAUUUCUCCUGACAUUUGGUAAUAUGUUGUUUGUAAACAUUAAAUUUUUAUUAAUGUUUGCAAAUUGAUAUUCUAAAAUGUCAACUCUGCCCUUAGUAAGAAUGGACUGAUAAUGGAAGGUUUUUUUGGAAGGUAAGACAAUGGAAGUUUUCAAGGGUAAACUAGUAAACUUCGUUAAAUAAGAGGUAAAAUAAGAAACUUUGCUGUUUAAGUACAAGAUAGUGUGCAUCAAUGUAUUUAUUAAAAAAAAAAAAAGUGGUGCAUCUGAGAGUCGUGACACCACCAUUGUGGACAUAUAGAAAAAAAAAAAAAAAAUGUAUUGCAAAUAAUAAAAAAUUGUAAAAAAAAUAAAAUAAAAUAAAUCACUGAAAGAAAACACUAGCAUUUCCUCGGUUCUUCUUAAGAGUGUUUUAGAAAAAUAAUGAUA